GCUACACUUGAGACUCGUAUCUGUGGUGCAAAGCUUGAAAUGAGUUCUAAUAGUCUGAAAAUAUUGUUUUUAAUAUCGAUUACGUUGGUUAAUUGUUUUCCAACCGAUACAGACGAUACUCAAGACUGUGAACACGAUUGUGUCCCCUUCGAUGAAUGUCUAGAUUUAAAAGAUGCUGUAAUGUAUAUGCAAUCAGAUAAAGAUGUUAAAUAUUGCAGUGAUGAAGAUAAUAUAGUUUGCUGUUGGAACGAUGAAAAAAAAACCAUUGCCGAAAAAAAAUGCUUGGAAUUUACAAAGAUUAAAGACUUUUGUUCGAUACAACCGCUCAUUAGGAAUGGUACUGAACUAUCACCGCAUGCAUAUCCUUUUAUGGCCUUGAUACAACAUCGAAAUCAAAGUGUAUAUAUAUCACAUUGCGGUGGCACUUUAUUAAAUUCAAUGUUUGUGCUCACAGCGGCACAUUGUGUGGAUAAAAUACUAUUUCCGGAUAUGGAAACUUAUGUGCUGUUAGGAGCCCAUGAUAUAAAUAAUUCUGGUACGCGGUUUAAUGUGACAGAAUUUAUUCAUCCCAACUAUACUACUGUCGAUCCUUAUGCUGAUCUUGCACUGUUGAAACUGCACAAAGAAGCGGAUAUUACAACAAAAUUUAUAAAGCCAGCCUGCCUAUCCACAUCUAGUAGCAGUCAUACUGGAGAAUAUAAUAUUAGUGGUUGGGGGUUAUAUAAUGCCAUAAACAAAUUUGUGCAGGACCCAAAAAUGUCCUGGGAGAUGCUUGCUCUGGAGAUUCUGGUGGUCCAUUGUUUACCAUUCAUUAUGAUAAUAAUUGCCUUUUCGAGGUUUUUGGUGUUCUUUCUAAUGGUGGUCAAUGUGACUUAAGGUAUUCAUUUUCAAGUCAUACUUCAGUUUCCUUUUAUCGUGAAUGGAUAGAGAGUAUAGUAUGGCCAGAUGAAACGUAAUAUUGAUAAGCACAAUAUUUUUGAAACCUUGGAGUUUUAGCUAUGGUUUUAUAAAAAUUUUGAUUGUAUGUUUCUUAGGGUCGGACCGGGUUAGAAAUUCCUCUACUAAAUUGAUCACAACAAGAAUUUCGUACCAUUUUAACAGCUUCACUUUUAUACAAUUUAAUAAUGUUUGUAAUAAAUUGUUUACUCACUCUAAUGAAUUUAA